AUGGAUGAUGUAAAUGCUGCUUCGUUUGAGGCCUUUCUCCAAGGGUGGAUGGUGCGCCAAAGAGACUUCCUUGAUGAGCUGAGAGAAGCUCGGCAACAGUAUCAGGAGGGGCAGAGAGUUGAUAUGAGGCCAUUGAUCGACAGGGUCAUCUGCCACUAUGGACAAUACUUUGAAGAGAAAUCAAGGAUUGCACACCACAAUAUUCUUCUUGUUUUCUCACCACCAUGGUUCAGUUCAUUGGAAAAAUCCUUUCUUUGGGUUGGGGGCUUCAAACCUGGACUUGCUUUUCAGGUUGUGAACACAGCUUUGGAGGACAUGACAGAAGACCAAAAGAACAGACUAAGUGUUCUGAAUCAAGAGACCAAGAUGAAGGAAAGAAGCCUCAAUGAUGAGUUGGCCAAGCUUCAAGAGAGUGUGGCAGAUCCUCCGCUGGUGGACAUGGCCAGAAGCCAGGGCAGGGUGCGUUAUACUUGGCCCUUCCUGAGACCGCAGAGUUCUGUUCCAAACUCUUUCAAAGAGAAAUUGGAAAAUCUGGUGGCAAAUGCAGAUGCACUAAGGACAGACACAGCUUUGAGCAUUUUGCAGAUACUGAGACCUGCUCAGAUUGUCACAUUCAUGGUUUCUGCGGCUGAGCUUCAGGUCAGGGUCAGGUCUUGGGGUUUAGACAAGGAUGCCAAGAAUGGAGGAGGCCAAGAGUGA